AUGCUCUAUCUACCAACAAUGUCUGCCAAACUUGACAAGUCUUUGGACGAGAUCCUCGUCAACCGUCGCCAGGGUGUGCGCAACCGCCGCCGCGCCACUCGGUCAAAGGCUGCAAAUGCCGCCGUGCCAGUUGGAGGAGUCAAGAAGACCACAAAGAGUGCUAAGCCUGCUGGAAAGGCCAUCCAGAAUGGACAUCCGGCCUCUGGUGAGAGCAAGAUCAUGGUCAGCGGCUUGCCUGCCGAUGUGAACGAGGCCAAUAUCAAGGAAUACUUCAUCAAGUCUGCAGGCCCUGUCAAGCGAGUCAUGCUCACCUACAACCAAAAUGGCACUAGCCGUGGUAUUGCAUCAAUCGUCUUCAGCAAGCCGGACACAGCUGCGAAGGCGGCCAAGGACUUGAACGGACUUCUCGUGGAUGGACGACCGAUGAAGAUCGAAGUCAUUGUCGAUGCAUCGCACGCUCCUGCCGUGCCUGCUUCCAAGCCCCUUGGUGAUCGUGUAGCUCAAACCAAAGCUCAGCCGAAGCCGGCAACCACUGCGAAGACCCAGAACGCCAAAGCCGGACGUGGUGGUCGUCGUGCUCGCCGGGGCGGUGGUCGCGCCGCCGGCCGUCCUAAGUCCAAGACCGCCGAAGAAUUAGACGCCGAGAUGGUUGAUUACUUCAAUACCGGAGAGAACGGUGCUGCUCCGGACGCCAACGCCGCAGCAGGCGCUGCUCCUCAGCAACCCGCUGCCGGGGAGGAUCUCGGAAUGGCUGAGAUUUCGUAA